GAUUGAAGGCCGAACAUUAUCGAGAUAAUCAAACCCAUUGAUGAUGAUUCUUCAUCUUUGGAACUGAACUCUUGAAGAGCUUCCACAAGCGAUUAGGACUCUACCAAAGUCUCUGUGGGAUACUCUGAAAUUCUUGAUUCGGAUCUGCCCAGUAACUAAAGGCAAAAGUCUAGCAAUGUUUCUGGCAUAAAAGCUGAACAAUACUGAACCUGAAUAUUUUGCAUCCAAGUAAAGUCUUUUUAGUUCGUUCACUUUUAACUGACUUAAUAGCUUGUUAAGCUUCUUGUCAUUUUUCUGGAUGCCAUAGAAAGCAAUAUACUCCAGUUUCUCUACUUUUGGAGCCAACUUAGCUAUCUUUGACAAUGCUUGUUUAUCUUGAGGGUUGCCAAGAAACAUUGAAAUACGGUCAGCCCUCUUCUUCCUGAGUGCAAUAUAGUAAUAUUGUUUGGAUAUUGUAUCUAGUAUCUUCAUAUAAUUUCUCUCAGCUUUUUUGUGCAAAGCAUAUUCACUGGAUGCUUUUCCUCCUUUGAACUUCCUCUUUAGGCUGGAGUGAGAUUUAUCC